GUGCUGUGCUAAAAAUACUCUGCUCUUUAUUCAACAGGAAGCUGGAUGUACGGCCUAAGCUUUUCCUGCGCCGCUUCUUUUCCUCCAUCGGUCUGAACGGUGUUGGUAGACUUGUUAAGGGAGGUCGCUCCAGCAGUAUGGAACAGCUCAGUAUUCUCACAGCCUCCAAGACCACUUCUGCCUCUCCAAGCCCAACACGCAGACCACAGCCUGACAUUCACAUACAGAGGACGCCGUCACUGCAGACCUUGCACACCGUGCUGCCACAGGCCCAGUUGCGUAAAGCCUCCUCAGUGCAGAGUCUAGAGAGAAGAACAGAACGUACUACAUUAUUGGGAGAGGUACAAAUUCCAUAUGGCUUGGCCCCAAGUCAAGACCCGGCCCUCUCCUGCAGUCCCCAGCUGGAACUCCACAGAGCACUGAGUGUUGAGGAUGUACUGGCUUCUAAAAUAGUACGACCGGUGGGCUGGAUCACACAGGCUCUUCCUGAUGGAUCCCUCCUUCUGCAGCUGAUCAGACCCCCUAAUGGGCCUUUUGGUUUUGUCAUCUCCAGAGGCAAAGGACGGCCAGACACAGGUGUUUAUGUGGAGAAAGUGGUUGAUGACGGUGAUGAAAACCCAUAUAAAGGACUCCUCGGUGUUGGGGAUGAAAUUCUGGAGGUUAAUGGAGAAGCAGUAGCUGGGCUGAGUUUGGACCAAGUCACACGGCUUAUGACCCGGAAAAACACUGCUUCUCUUCGGCUCUUGCCAACCCGACGCAUCCAAUAUUGACUGUAAAAACAGAACAAUUCAGAGAGUCAUUGUCCUUGUUUAAACUGUAGUUUAUUACUGGUAAAUAUAAUCCAGUAAAGAUAAAAGUCCCAGAUUUUAGUUUUUUAAUACAUAUAACUUAAAUUUAACCCUAAUCCCUGAUUUAUUUCUCCCUUUAUUUAUUUUUUUAUUUUUCCAUUUUUUUAAAUUGUCCUGUCACACGUGCACAUCUAAAACAUAAUAAUAAUUUACCACAUAUUGUGUUGGCAAUAUUCCUCAAAUAAAAAGGAAUACAUUCGUUUAUUGAGGCUAUAUCCAUAUGAAGUAUAGACAUAGGUUUGAACAUGGUAAAAUGCUCGUGGAAGACAUAAUGCCCAGCUUUUCUUUUCACCCACCCAUGUGCUAUCGCUAUGGUGCACACACUUUACACACAUGUAGACCUUGCAUACAAAUGCUUGCCAAAUGCUAAUAAGAUGUACUGUAAAUACUAAGUGUUUCUUUGUAAUAAAAAUCAAAUUAAACUGGACUUGCAUGGUCACUACAUUUUUACAUGUUCAGCAAAUAGCAAUUGUUUUCUGAGAAAUGUAAUGGAUUUACUUCAAAAUAAAAGGAUUUCUUUGGACAAA